UGUGUAUAUGGCAGCUACUCUGAAGUAGCUUCGGAAGAAAUGCCAGAUGCAGAGGGAGUAGUUAGCACGUCUCUCAAUCUUCAAGAGCCAUGCUCGCCAGCCACCUCCAGUGAAACAUUUACCCCCAAGGAAGGCUCUCCUUACAAAGCCCCCAUCUACAUCCCUGAUGAUAUCCCCAUCCCUGCGGAGUUCGAACUACGAGAGUCCAGUAUACCUGGAGCAGGACUAGGAAUAUGGACCAAAAGAAAGAUUGAACCUGGUGAGAAGUUCGGGCCUUACGUCGGAGAGCAGAGGUCAAGUCUGAAAGACCCCAGUUACGGAUGGGAGAUCUUAGAUCAGUUUUGCAAUGUGAAGUUCUGCAUCGAUGCCAGUCAACCAGAUGUAGGAAGCUGGCUGAAGUACAUCAGGUUCGCUGGCUGUUACGACCAGCACAACCUCGUUGCAUGCCAGAUAAAUGAUCAGAUAUUUUAUAGAGUAGUCGCCGACAUUGCACCAGGAGAGGAGCUCCUCUUGUUCAUGAAGAGUGAAGAGUACCCUCAUGAAACCAUGGCCCCGGACAUCCACGAAGAGCGCCAGUAUCGCUGUGAGGACUGUGACCAGCUCUUUGAGUCCAAAGCUGAAUUAGCAGACCACCAGAAGUUCCCGUGUAGUACUCCGCACUCAGCGUUUUCAAUGGUGGAAGAAGACUUUCAACAAAAGCUCGAGAGUGAGAAUGAUCUCCAAGAGAUACACGCAAUCCAGGAGUGUAAGGAAUGUGACCAAGUGUUCCCCGAUUUGCAAAGCCUGGAGAAACACAUGUUGUCACAUACCGAAGACAGGGAGUACAAGUGUGAUCAGUGUCCCAAGGCGUUUAACUGGAAGUCCAACUUAAUUCGCCACCAGAUGUCACAUGACAGUGGAAAGCACUAUGAAUGUGAAAAUUGUGCCAAGGUUUUCACGGACCCUAGCAACCUCCAGCGGCACAUUCGCUCCCAGCACGUCGGUGCCCGGGCCCACGCAUGCCCGGAGUGCGGCAAAACCUUUGCCACCUCGUCAGGCCUCAAACAGCACAAGCACAUCCACAGCAGUGUGAAGCCCUUCAUCUGUGAGGUCUGCCAUAAAUCCUAUACUCAGUUUUCAAACCUUUGUCGUCAUAAGCGCAUGCAUGCUGAUUGCAGAACCCAAAUCAAGUGCAAAGACUGUGGACAAAUGUUCAGCACUACGUCUUCCUUAAAUAAACACAGGAGAUUUUGUGAGGGCAAGAACCAUUUUGCGGCAGGUGGAUUUUUUGGCCAAAACAUUUCCGUUCCUGGAACCCCAGCUAUGGAUAAAACGUCCAUGGUUAAUAUGAGUCAUGGCAACCCGGGCCUUGCUGACUAUUUUGGUGCCAAUAGGCAUCCUGCUGGUCUUACCUUUCCAACAGCUCCUGGACUUUCUUUUAGCUUCUCUGGUCUGUUUCCUUCCACCUUUUACCACAGGCCUCCUUUGAUACCUGCUAGUUCUCCUGUUAAAGGAUUAUCAAGUACUGAACAGACAAACAAAAGUCAAAGUCCCCUCAUGACACAUCCUCAGAUACUGCCAGCCACACAGGAUAUUUUGAAGGCACUAUCUAAACCCGUAGGGGACAGUAAGCCAGUGGAGCUCCAGCCCGAGAGGUCCUCUGAAGACAGGCCCCUUGAGAAAAUCAGUGACCAGUCAGAGAGUAGUGACCUUGACGAUGUCAGUACGCCAAGUGGCAGUGACCUGGAGACAACCUCGGGCUCUGAUCUGGAAAGUGACAUUGAAAGUGAUAAAGAGAAAUUUAAAGAAAAUGGUAAAAUGUUCAAAGACAAAGUAAGCCCUCUUCAGAAUCUGGCUUCAAUAAAUAAUAAGAAAGAAUACAGCAAUCAUUCCAUUUUUUCACCAUCUUUAGAGGAGCAGACUGCGGUGUCAGGAGCUGUGAAUGAUUCUAUAAAGGCUAUUGCUUCUAUUGCUGAAAAAUACUUUGGUUCAACAGGACUGGUGGGGCUGCAAGACAAAAAAAUUGGAGCCUUACCUUACCCUCCCAUGUUUCCCCUCCCGUUUUUUCCAGCAUUCUCUCAAUCAAUGUACCCAUUUCCUGAUAGAGACUUGCGAUCCUUAUCUUUGAAACUGGAACCCCAAUCACCAAGUGAAGUCAAGAAACUGCAGAAAGGGAGCUCUGAGUCUCCCUUUGAUCUCACUACCAAGAGAAAGGAGGAGAAGCCCUUGACUCCAGUGCCCUCCAAGGCUUCGGCGACGACUGCCACAAGCCAAGACCAGCCCCUGGAUCUAAGUAUGGGAAGUAGGAGUAGAGCCAGCGGGACGAAGCUGACUGAGCCUCGCAAAAACCACGUGUUUGGAGAAAAGGAAGGGAGCCACGUGGAAGCCAGACAGGCAGCCGACGGCUCCUUGCAGCACGCCAGACCCACUCCUUUCUUUAUGGACCCCAUUUACAGAGUAGAGAAAAGAAAGUUAACCGACCCGUUUGAAGCUUUAAAAGAGAAAUACUUGCGACCUUCUCCAGGAUGCCUGCUUAACCCACAAUUACAACUGCCUGAUCAGAGAACUUGGAUGUCUGCUAUUGAAAACAUGGCGGAGAAGUUGGAGAGCUUCAGUGCCCUGAAACCUGAAGCGAGUGAGCUGCUUCCAUCGGUUCCCUCCAUGUUCAACUUCAGGGCACCUCCCAACGCCCUGCCAGAGAAUCUCCUGCGCAAGGGGAAAGAGCGUUACACCUGCAGAUACUGUGGCAAGAUUUUCCCGAGAUCUGCAAACUUAACCCGGCACUUGAGAACCCACACAGGAGAGCAGCCUUACAGAUGCAAAUACUGCGACAGGUCAUUUAGCAUAUCGUCUAACUUACAGCGGCAUGUUCGAAACAUUCACAAUAAGGAGAAGCCUUUUAAGUGCCACUUAUGUGAUAGGUGUUUUGGACAACAAACCAACCUAGACAGACAUCUAAAGAAACAUGAGAACGGGAACAUGUCUGGUACAGCAACAUCAUCGCCUCAUUCUGAACUGGAAAGUACAGGCGCGAUUCUUGAUGACAAGGAAGACGCUUAUUUUACAGAAAUUCGAAAUUUUAUAGGAAAUAGCAACCAUAGCAGCCAGUCACCCAGGAAUGUGGAAGAGAGGAUGAAUGGCAGUCAUUUUAAGGACGAGAAGGCUUUGGUAGUGAGCCAAAAUUCUGAUUUAUUGGAUGAGGAAGAAAUAGAAGAUGAAGUAUUGUUAGAUGAGGACGAGGAAGACAAUGAUAUUACUGGAAAAACAGGAAAAGAACCAUUGACAAGUAAUAUACAUGAAGAAAAUCCUGAAGAUGACUAUGAAGAAGCCAGUGCUCUGGAGAUCAGUUGCAAGGCUUCACCAGGGAGAUAUAAAGAGGAAGAAUAUAAAACUGGACUUUCAGCCCUAGAUCAUAUAAGGCAUUUCACAGAUAGCCUCAAAAUGAGGAAAAUGGAAGAUAAUCAAUACACUGAAGCUGAACUAUCUUCUUUUAGUGCAUCCUGUGUGCCGGAGGGACUUAAACAGCCGUUACAAAGAAAGUCCAAAUCACAGGCAUUUGCUAUGAUGUUGUCAUUGUCCGACAAGGAGUCCCUCCAUUCUACAUCCCACAGUUCUUCCAACGUGUGGCACAAUAUGGCAAGGGCGGCAGCCGAAUCCAGCGCCAUCCAGUCCAUCAGCCACGUAUGACGUCACCAAGGUUGACCAGCGGGGGACCAAGUCCACCAGUAGCAUGGCUCUUUCACUUAGGACUAUUUAAAAGACUGCUGAGCAGAAUGCCUUACAAACCUGAAGGGUCACUCAUGGAAAGUCUGGUGACCUUAAACUGAAUGAGGAAAAAAAAAAAGAACAGAAAGAAAAAAGAAACUAUUUAUUCUCGAUAUCUUGUUUUGCACAGCAAAGGCAGCUGCUGACUUCUGGAAGAUCAAUGCGACUUAAAGUGAUUUAAUGAAAAUGAGAAACAAAAACCCCAAACUUGCUGGGCAGAAGGCUUCUUCCAUUUCACCCCAUCCGAGCGUGUGGGUGGGAGAGGGGGUAGUUGAAAUGUCGACAUUGAAACGGAUGAACGCUCCAUAGAAAGAAAAUCUUUUUUUUUUUUUUAAACAAGAUCGCCUGACACAUGAUUGGGAACAGUUGCUUUUAAUUACAGAUAUGAAAUUACAGAUCUAAUUGUUUUUUCCUUUGUUCACAUUUUAAGUAAUUUAGCCCUUUUAAGAUGGAAGUAAUUGAAUGAAAUGCACACUUGAUUAUUCUUGAAGCUGAUAACAGGGAGUUUCUUGUGCCCCCUCAACCUUUGCCUUCGUAAGUACAUUGUUGAUAAAAAAAAACAGGGGAAAAGGGUAUGUGUAUAUUGUAAACUAUGGAUGUUCAAUGCUCAAAGAGGUUAAGUCAGUGAAGUAACUUGUUCACCACCAGGACCACUGUACCACUAAUUCAAAUGUUUGCCAAAUCCUUGUAAUAACAUCUUAAUUUUAGACAAUCAUGUCACUGUUUUUUAAUGUUUAAUUUUUGUGUGUGUGUUGUGUGUAUCAUGUAUUUAUUUGUUGGCAAACCAUGGUUUGUUGGUUAAAAUAGCACUGUUGUAGCAGCCACUACUUCCUGAUGUCGGAGGCACACCCCUUUCUGAGUUUUAAGGACCAAGGUGACUUGACCUGUGUAUGGGAGUGUCACACGGCGUUUGGCUUUUCUUAACAUUCCUUUUCUUUUUUUGUUUUGUUUUCCUUCUUAAUGAACUAAAUAACGAAUAGAUGCAACUUAGUUUUUUUGUAAUACUGAAAUUGAUUCAAUUGUAUAAAUGAUUAUAAUUUCUUCAUGAAAGCAUGAUCCUUCUGAUUAAAAAGUGUACCCAUAUUUUAUGCUGGUUGUCUGCAAGCUUGUGCGAUGUUUUGUUCACGUUAUCCUAUUUGUAAGAUGAAGUGUUCCAGACCUUAUGUUAAAAGAGAGACGUAAAUAACAGACUGUAUUCAGUUAUUUCUUCCCCCUUUAUCGAGGACCCAGAUUUGUUUUCUUUUGUUUGUAAUCUCAUUUUGAAAUAAUCGGCAAAUUGAGGUACUUUCUUCAAAUGCUUUGUACAAUAUAAACUGUUAUGCCUUUCAGUGCAUUACUAUGGGAGGAGCAACUAAAAAAUAAAGACUUACAAAAAUGACUUUU